AUGAAUCGUAUGAGACCAGCAGCAAUUACACCAAAUCCAGCAGUUACGACUAAAUCGCCAGCUACCAUACUAGACGGUAGAGAUUUUGACGUCUCCUCAAGUAUUUUGAAAGCAAAUAUGGAGAUGACUUCAUCUACAGAUGAACAUUCGGAUGUGCGAUUUUUUGAUACUGCCCUAAAGUCGGCCUGUGAACAAGGAGACCAAUCAGCAUCGAAAGCAGCUGAUCAAAUCGAAGCCGAUAAAAACGAGGCACGCCAAAUUAUUGCCAAUCAUGCUGUCGAUCCACUUGAAAUGUUGCACCUUGUUGACCAUUGGAUUCAACAAUUACUUGGGGAAUUUCUGCAAAAGCGUGAUCAUUUUAAAUACAAACUGAAAGAAAAAUGGGAAAAACAAGAAUUAUUUGUGAAUCAUGAACAUAAUAAUAAAACACGCACAACUUAUUUUGUUGUUAAAGGACUACAAGAAGCUUUGAACGGUGUUUUAUCACGAUCAUCAUUUGAAGAAACUACUGAUUAUAUUACAAAGCUUGAAUGUAAAAAUCAUAAUGUAAAUGAACUGAAAGAAAAAUUUAAUGAAUUAAGUGAACAGUAUUUUAAAAUUAUCGAUUCAUUGGAGUACAUUGAUCGGGAAACAAAAGGCUAUAAUAUCCAUAUCAAAAGUCUUAGAGAUUCACUAAUGACUCUAAAAGCACUGAAUGACAAAGUUACGCAUACAAUAUGUAUUAUUGGUUUGGAAAAGGCUGGUAAAUCGACAUUUAUCAAUGCACUUACUGGCUUUGAACUGUUGCCGACAGCAAGUGAGCGUUGCACACAAAUACGUACUGUGUUGAAACCACCAUUGCAAAAUCAAUUACAAAGAUUUGCGACAAUCACGUAUUAUAAUGAUCAAGAAUUUAAAAUUUAUUUUGAUAAAAUGGUAAAGAAAACUGAUGAAAGUAAUGAACAAUUUGAAAGACGAAAACGCGAAGUGAUUGAAGAACGUGAAGUUUUGAAAACGAAAUUCCCACAAGAACAUUUCGAUGUUAAUGCGUACGAUAUGAAGUCCAAUGAAGCUGAAAAGAAAAGGGUUAUUAGUUCAUUACAUAAUUACAUUAAAGGCGAAUUGUAUGUUAAUAUUAUUAAAGAAAUUUCAAUUUACACGGAUAAACUACCAGGUGAAAAUUAUGAGUUAUUGGAUGUACCGGGCUUUGAUUCACCAAUUAAAGAGCACCGUGAUGCUGGUCUACGUGCAAUUGCUACGGCAGAUGCAUUCUUAUUUCUUAGCAAUGGCCAAUCACCCAGUCUGACUGACCCACAAAUAUGUCUCUUGCAUGAAAUUCAAACACAUCAUUAUGAAGCUAUGCAACGUGCCUUUGGUAUUUUAACAAAACUGGAUUUGUGCUCAACACGAGCAAUAUAUUUGGAGCAUUAUGAGAAAUGCAAAGGUGAAUUAAUUGAUAAACUUUUUAAUCCGUCACGUAUUUUUGCUGCAUGUCCACGACUAGAACUAUUAGAAGAGGGUUCUGAUGAAUAUAGAGCGAUUGAUGGAAAACUCCGACAUUUCGAUAAUUUAAAAAAUGGUUUCGAACUAGCUAAAGCCGCAUUAAAUGCAUUUAUUGAGUAUGAAUUACCAAAAACACAUUUGAAUCAAUUGCUUGAUUUAGGCAAAACACGAUUGUUUCGUUUUGUUAAUGAAGCUCUUGAAAUAGUGAGACAAAAACAACUAUUACCAGAAAAUCUAGCUAUUAUGUCAAUUGAUGAAUAUCUCAAAGUGCAUAAUACUGAACAUUGGGAUCGAUAUUACUAUGAAGAUCGUUUCAAGCCAACAUUUGCCAAAGCUAAUGAAUGGCAUUCAACAAUAGUAACGAGAGAUCGAUCAAAAUUUAUUAAUGAUACUAAACAGAAAUUUCAUGAUUGCUUUCUUGAGUUGACAAAAGAAUUCAUGCAGCCCCAACAACGAAUCGACAAAUUAAUGUAUGAAGUUUACGGCUACACAAAGCUUAUAUUGAACGCGCAUCCACCUGAUAAUAUCCAACGCGAAAAAUUAUCAUUCGAAUUAGAGAGUAUUGUUGAUAAAACAUCAGAUCAUUUGGCACAACAUUUUUAUCAUAGUUACGUUUGUGAACUAGAAAGUAUUCUAAACGAGAUAUCACCUGAAGAAAAAGAUUUGUAUCGAACAAAAUUAUCAUUAGAACAGUGUAGAUAUGAAGUGCAUGCGUUGAUCUUUCGUAUUUGCCGUCCGGUGAUUAUGGCAGCUCUGAGAUAUUCACGUUCGGAUUUUCAUUGUAAAGAAGAAGCUAUUAGAGAAUUGAUAUAUAUUGCACCGAUUGUAGCAUACAAAAUCGUGAAUGAUAGAACACAAGAUAAGCGUGGAGAACUUGCUUUAAUGAUACCAAAUCUAGCUGAACUAUUACUUAAAGGUGGAAAUGGAACUUGUGAAAGACUGAUUCAAUCACUUUUUGUAAGAGAAGAAUAG